GACCUGACCUCUAGUUGACGACAUUUCUAAAUCUGCGAGAUAAUGCUGGAGCUGUGAAGAAGGAAACAUGGCAUUGGAACAGUUUAUAGGUCUACAGGAUAAAACAUGACGCAGAUGAAUAUAUUAAUGUGAUGUUUGACCUCAUUGAUUGUGGCUACAUGUGUCUUGCUGUUGAUCGUUUGGUCACUUCACAAGUGAGAAGUAUGCACUAUGGCUGGUGCUGCAGCACAGAGGAACUUACAGCUAGAACGAGAGCCAACACUACCACCACCUCCUGCUCCUGUUCCUGUCUCCACAGUGAUGAGGAGUCGUAGUGAACCUGUAGUUUACAAUUGGCAAUCUACCAAGACAAGUGUCAAAGAACGUAUGGCGUUUAUGUUUAACAAUGAAACCUUGAGUGAUGUGCACUUCAUCGUUGGGAAAGGAGACAACAUGCAGCGGAUACCUGCUCACAAGUUCGUCUUGUCGGUGGGAAGUGCUGUCUUUGAUGCCAUGUUUAACGGUGGCAUGGCUACGACAUCAAGUGAGGUAGAACUACCUGAUGUGGAGCCUGCAGCCUUUCUUGCUUUGCUGCGCUUCCUGUACUCUGAUGAAGUACAGAUCGGACCAGAGAGCGUCAUGACAACACUUUAUACAGCUAAGAAAUAUGCUGUACCUGCGCUUGAAUCCGCUUGUGUGGAAUUCCUCAAGAAGAACCUUAGUGCAGAUAAUGCUUUCAUGCUGCUUACACAAGCCAGACUGUUUGAUGAACCACAACUUGCCAAUCUCUGUUUGGAAACAAUUGACAAAAACACUGUAGAGGCGCUGAGUGCAGAAGGUUUCACGGACAUCGACCUUGACACACUUAUCGUUGUGCUAGAACGAGACACACUUGGUAUCAAGGAGAGCAUGCUCUUCAAUGCUGUCAUUCGCUGGGCCGAACACGAAGCAGUGAGGCAGCAGGCUAGACCAACACCAGAGAACAAAAGAAGGGUUCUUGGACGUGCACUUAAACUGAUCCGCUUUCCCCUCAUGACAGUAGAAGAGUUUGCCAACAAAGCUGCCCAGUCUGGGAUUUUGACUGACAGGGAAGUGGUGAAUCUUUUUCUUCACUUCACAGUGAACCCUAAGCCAGCUACAGAGUUCCCUUCUAAUCCUAGAUGCUGUCUAACAGGCAAAGAACAGACCUUGACGCGCUUUUUGCAAGUUGAGAGUAGGUGGGGCUAUAGUGGCACUAGUGAUCGGAUAAGAUUCCAAGUGAACCGGAGAAUAUUUGUUGUUGGGUUUGGGCUGUAUGGCUCCAUCCAUGGCCCUGCAGACUACACCGUUAAUAUACAGAUAAUUCAUGCUGAUACAGAGGAGAUGAUGGGGCAGAAUGAUACGAGUUUCAGCUGUGAUGGUACUGAUUCUACAUUCCGUGUCAUGUUCAAAGACCCAAUUGAAAUCCAACCAUGUGAAAACUAUGUUGCUAGUGCAACUCUAAAGGGUCCUGAUUCCCACUAUGGCACCAAGGGCCUUCGGAAGGUUGUUCAUGAAUCUGCUUCUAACGGCAAAGUAAUGUUCCAGUUUGCCUACGUCGCUGGCAACAACAAUGGAACAUCGGUCGACGAUGGCCAAAUACCAGAGUUGAUAUUCUACACGUGAUCCUCUUCUAAUCAACACAAAGAAAUCCUAGGGGUUGGUGAUGAAUCAGGAUGCCAAUUUAGGUGAAAGCAUAUGGCACCCAACCACCUCUUUAUACAAUAUGAUGGUACAUUGAUGUACUGUAUAUUUCAGUAAUAUUGUGUAUAAGAUUGUUAUAGUGUAAUUUCCAGUGCAUUGACAAGCAAUAUGAAAGGAAGCGCUGUGUCUAUGCAUAUUAAAAUGGUACUUGUUAUGAGAUCAAAAGUAUUACAUAAAUUCUGCAGAAUAUCUUGCAAAAAAGGGGGGGGGAAUCUUUUAUUUUGAGUUAAAUGAAGUGUAUUAGCAAAAUUAAAGAAUAAGUGACAUUUUAGAUAACAUUUAUAUAGUGUUAUCCUGUAUUAUAUCAUAAUCAUGCCUCUAGAUUGAUAAAUGCUAUUGUACUUUAACAUCAACUUUUUAAUGCAUCUCAGAAAUUCACCUGAAUUUUUCUGAAUCCAAGCCAUCUUCAGGCUUCGAAAUACCCAGCACUUCAGGCAUUUACAGAUUAUUUGGUUUGCUAAUACUUGGCUGCUAUGAACUUGAAUCAUCCCCCUCUUAAGGUUGUCUAUGUAUAUAUUUUUGUUGCUGGUACAUAUGAAAGUCAUUUGUAGCUUGUCUCUUUUAUAAUGCUUCCUGGUAGUAUCUGCAUAACAUGCAACUGUACCCAUUGAUAACUGAAGUCCCACAUUCCCAUACCUUUGUCCUCCAUGUUAAGGUAGCUCAGUGAAAUGAAGUAGCAUCAAAAGACGCGUCCACAACGCAUACUGGAUAAUACUGCUGUCUGGUGAUUAAAUAGAUGGUACAUUUACCAGCUCCAUAUCCGAACGAUGUGGUUCUACAAUGAAUCUCUGUCUGAUAAAAUUAUGCAUUUUGCAUUCAGGAGACGUGUCUUUUUGUGCAGCUACAUUUUGCUUACCAGUAGUUAACUGAAGAUUUGUUGUUGUCUGAGUCUUGCAAACAUGUAAAAGAUGCAUGGUGUAAUCAAUGACAUUGAAAUAACUAGUGUUUCUUCUGAAAUAAGAGGGUUGAUCAUGAUCAAAUCAUGUUUUUAUUUGAAUUUGAAGGUUUCUAUUGGAUUUGUAUUUCGCUGUGUGAAUAUAUAAAAAGUUGCUCACACAAGAUCUAUUUAACAAUUUACAGAUAAUGCAAUGAAAUGGGACAUCAAAGAAGUUGAUUUUCAGAGUGGGAAAGCUACAUGUAUGAUGCAUUAAACUAUUAUCAGACACUUAAAGCUAUUUCUUCGUACUACUAGACAGAAAAACCUUCAAUGAAAUGUCUUGAAACGUUAGUGACAUACAAAUAAAAUACCCAUGAAUGCAGUACACUAACUGUGAAGCGGUGAAACUGCAGCAUAUCGCGAGGAUUGUCAAAACAUUGGAACCAUUCAAUUUUGUAUAAGCUGAACAGUAUGCUCUUAAUACCGGACACUUAUUUGUCAAUGAACUUCAAUCGAACACUGAGAUAAAUGUAAAUUAUUUUUUAUAUUAAUUACAAUUCUAGAUGAUCGACAAGGUCAUAAUUAUACAAACAUCAAAAAUGCUGUUUUUUCAGUGUAAAUUUCUCCAGUACAUAUUUGAGAUCUCCUGUUUUUCCCUGUAAAAACUGCACAAUUGUGAUCUCACCUAUGGUGUUUGCAUAGUUAAAACAUUACGCCGAUCUGAAGUUUGACCCAAAAGUGCACUUUACAUCUUGGUACAAAAUCCAUGUUUUUAUCAUAAAUACUGGUAAGAAGUUUCUGGACACCAAAUUUUGAGAGCAGAAUCCCUUGUAUAUUCCCAUUGCAUUCACACUGUUAGAAUGAAAUACGUUACAGUAGUUCUUGUAUACCGGUAACAAAAAUUAUUUGUGUAAACAACUGCAAUUUGCUUUGUGGGCGCAUUAACAUUAGUCGAAACGCGUGCUGCUGUACGCUUGUUGUGCUGGGUAUAAACAAGUGCAUGUGAGUCAACUAAUUUAAAUGUGUUGACCUUUCGAUGCUUAUUAGUUUAAAUAUGAAGAUAUACAGCCAUUUACGGGGUGUCUGGUAUUAAGAGGCGUCCAGUAUUAGGUUAAGUGACAAUAUACAGCAACAAGUUUCUAUCAGUGAUUUUAGUCAUUGCAAUGUUGAUGAUAGGGAUGUUCACGAUAAUCAUUGUCAUGUGCAUGUAUUUGCAAGGAUUAUUGAGCCAUUAUUGCAGGCUAAAGUGUUUUACACAAUGUAUACUGCAUAAAUGCUGUAGUUUCAUUAUGAAAAUAUGCAAAUAUAUGCAGUAAAACAUUGCAUUUUGUUAGGUGUAAUUUGGUGCCAUUUACCAACACAGUAUGAUAUUUGAAGAUCCAUACUAAUAUACUCAAACUAGUAGGAGAUUUACCAGUAUGUAUACCUCCUUUUUAUAUACGUCAGUCAAAGUACUUUGGAUCAAAUCUAAAGUAUUAUGAUUGAUGAUGGUUGUCGUAGAUUCUAUAAUAUUUCCAAUGUUUUUUUUUAUGGGGAAGCACAAAUUUGUGAAUGCUACUCACACAGAUACUGACAGAUAUUUUUUGCAUGUCAGUCUUUCGCUAUCAUAGAUACAAAGUAUGUAUCUUGUUCAACACAAUACAUACUGUAUUGUGUUUGAAAUGGACUUAUCUUGUUUAUUAUAAAGUAGCUCAAAUGCAUAUAUAUUUGAGGCAAAUUGCUUCAAGCCCAUCACACACUAUACUAUCUUACUAUCUGAUUUCAAUGAGUUGACAAUUUCAUUUAGUAUUGAAAUCUAAACCUAAAUCAUCUUCCUGAUUUAGGUUCUACAUCAUAAGAAUACUAAAAUCCAGCCCUUUAGUGCAUUUAAGCUUUCUGAUCACAAGAAAUGCUGAAUCAAUUUCAAAUCAAUUUCAAAUCGUAGAUAAUCACAUUACUGGUAUAAUGGUGUAUCGAUUAUUAGGAGCUGAUUUAGCUUUUCUUCUCCUGAGAAAGUUUGGAAUACCUUAACAUUUAUAUUCAUAUGACUAUCCAGCUCCUUGAUCAUUAAGAUUUUACAUGUUUGAAUGUCCUUCUCAAAUCAUAGUCAUUCCGUGAAGUGUGUGAUGGGCUUUGUGUUACUAAACAAAUACUUGUAAUAUAUUAUAUCAAAUACUUUGUGGAUUGGGUAGAAAAAGGUUUUGCCAAAGGAUUUGCUAGGUUUCUCAAAAAAAUGCAGCAAGGGUAAACUUUAUGCUUUUGUAAAAAAAAAACACUUUAAUUCUAUUGCAGAUUUUGUUCUCAGUCUAAUAUUGAUAUAAAGAAGUGUGAUUUCAUAUGAGAUGCCUUUGUUUAAAUAUAAUGCCCCUAUGAAAGUUAACUUUUUGUUUGGAAAUUUUGAUUUAUAUCAUGUUAUAUAUCAAUAACAGGCAACACUCUGCAUGAAUUGUGUUGUUUUUAGUUUUGAAGGGAGAUACUAUCUUCGUGUUGAAGUAUGAUAACAAAUAAUGAUGAAUUGAUGUUUAACUAUUCCAUAUUUACAAUGUGGAAACUAGCAAUAUUUAACGUACAUGUACCUGAAUGAUAUUGUGCUAGUCCAUUUUCCUAUAGAGUAUUCUAUAUAUUGUUCCAAACAAUCGCUCAUGCACUCGUGCAAACAUUGUGAUAGUAAUGUACUUUGGCACCAUGUUUGCGACUGUAUGAGUAUGUUUGCCAACUAUUGUUCUCCUUUUAUUUAUUUUGUACCAUUCAAUCUGUAAUGUAGCAUUAUAUCAAUAUGGCCUUGAUAAUCUUUAAAAGUUCUCACUCUUCUGAUGAUAUGGUGGAGGCGCGAUAGCUCACUCGGUAGAGCAGUGGUCUCGGUGGUCUCGGAGAGGACCUAAAGCCGUCGACCGUCUGGUUGCUUACUAACAAGCAUUUAUGCUUUCUUAGCAGUGGGGUAAAAUAACCACCACCACCAAAUGAAGUGUAUCUAUGUAUGGAUGGUCCAUUACGCACCUCUCGUUUUUCCCUAGUUAGUAUACAGGUACGGUACAUUAGAAUGACAAAGUUUUGAUGGUUGUGAAAUAAUCUAGAUAGCAGAAUUUUAACCCGUGGAAUAUUGUUGGAACUCUAUGUACAUGCAUGACUCAUUUUUUUCAUAGACUCCAACGCAAGAUAUACAGGGUGUCCCAAUAAAAACAGGCAAGCAUACUACUAAUAAUGUGGGGUAAAUAUUCACAGGUACCAGUGGAAGGACAAUUUUGUUCUUCUUAAAAUAUUCCCCAUCACCAGGUGACAGUGAAAUUUGCCCCACAUUUUUUGGAAGCAUGCUAGUCCAAUUUUGUUAUGGGACACAUUGUAUAGGGCACAAUCAUCAACGUAUGAAAGCCAUAUUGAGAAGUUUAAGAUAGCAGAAUGUUAUGUUACCUUGGUUAGAUAUGGCAAAAACCAUGUUAUUCAUCUUUAUAGUUGAUGUUCUGCUUUGGGUCAAGACAUAGAUCAAUGGUCUUUAAAUCAUCGAUUUUCCAACAAGCCUUUACCCGGAGUGUACAGACUUCAUGAUGUAAAGUCUACAGUGUGAUUGCCGUCUAUGUUUUUACCCAUCAUUUACAAUUGCUAUGAAAAGGGGAGGCGUGUUAUUUUCUUACAUCUUUGGUUUGCAUUGUAAUUGGUUUGCAUUGUGUACCCAGUGUGAUUAGAAAUUUAUAUCACUUUCAUAAUUGUUUUUUCUUUUUCUGUUUUGAUAACUGACUUUUUCAUUUAUAAUUAAUCUGCAUGCUUUUUUCAAACUGGUUGAGUGUUUAUGUUUUACAAAAGGUUACAUGCAAAUCUUUUAAAAUACUGUGCAUCCAAAAUAAAUUCCUGUUUGAUCUCAAA